AUGUCCGGAAGCAAAAAGCCAUUCUCUACCUUCCGACUGUUAUCAUUCGAUAUCUACGGCACUCUCAUAGAAUGGGAAAAGGGGAUCAUAGACGCCCUCUCACCCAUCCGAGCACGUCUACCAGACUCUUCUCCUCUAAAAACCGACGAUCUAGCGCUUGCUUCUCUAUUCGUCAAACAUGAACUGAGACUGCAAUCCACCAACCCGGGAAGAACAUAUGACAAGAUCCUGCGAGAUGCGUAUAUCAGUGUUGCAACGGAACUAUUACCACCACCAUCAUCCUCAUCUCCAGAGAACAAAGAAUCAGUACCAAAUGCAGAAACACUCCAAUCUGAAGGGGUAGCUCUAGCCGAAAGCAUCGCCAUCUGGCCCCCGUUUCCCGAUACGAUUGAUGCAAUGCGCAAACUGAAGCGGUUGGGGUUUAUAUUGGUGCCUGUGUCUAACGUGGAUCGGGACUCAUUCGGCAAAACGCUAGCUGGUCCGUUGGCUGGUCUUUCUUCUCGUCUGUCGGGGUCAGCACCGUUUUUUGAUGCGGUAUACACGGCGCAGGAUAUCGGGUCGUACAAGCCGGACCUUAGGAACUUUGAAUAUCUGAUUUCCCAUGCUGAGUCACAAUUUGGCGUUCAGAAGCAUCAGAUACUGCAUGUUGCGCAGAGCUUGACGCAUGACCAUGUGCCUGCGAAGCAGAUUGGGUUGGAGAGCGUGUGGAUUGCUCGGGGGAAGGAUGGGGUCAGCGGUAUUGGAGGCGAUGUUGAAGCGCUGGAGGGACGGACUGCGUUUGCAUGGCGAUUCAAGGACCUAGGUGAAUUUGCGGAUGCUGUUGAGGCCGAGUUGCAGAAGUAG